AUGAUAUCCGUCGCACAGCAUGGUUUUCUGAGAGGAAAGUCUUGCACAGGUCAGCUCAUUUCCGUUCUUCACCGCAUCAGCCAAAACCUGGAUUCAGGGAAACAAACAGAUAUCUUGUAUUUCGAUGUUGCUAAAGCGUUUGACACGGUGAAUCAUAGCCUUCUUUUAAAGAAACUCCAACGAUUUGGACUUAGGGACAAUAUUUUAACGUGGUUUAAAAGUUAUUUAUCCGGACGACAACAGCGUGUACUAGUCAAUGGUGAGAUUUCAGAGACACGUCCAGUUUCCUCCGGCGUUCCGCAAGGAUCAAUACUCGGACCACUCCUGUUUCUCAUCUACAUAAACGACCUUCCCGAAUCAAUAACCUCAUCCGCUGUUGACGUUUCCUUGUUUGCCGACGACACAAAAUGCAUCUCAGUUAUUGAAUCACCGGUUGAUGCCUGUGUCCUUCAAGCUGAAGCGAGAAACGUGGAGAAAUGGGCUGAGUUUUGGAGGCUCAAAUUCAACGCCGAAAAAUGCAAAGUUCUGAGCGUUACGAGAAAACGUCAUCCUCUUGUUGCUGAAUACAUUGUCAACGGUAAAACUUUGCAGCAUGUUUCCUCCCAGAAAGACCUCGGAGUGACGGUUUGUUCAGAUCUCAGAUGGAACACUCAUAUUUACGAGCAAGUUACGAAAGCCAACCGCCUACUUGGUAUGCUCAAACGUUCGACUAUCAAAGUUAAAAACGUAAAUACCCGACGCUGUCUCUACCUUACACUUGUGAGAUCCCAUCUUGCUUAUGCCUCACAAGUGUGGUGUCCACAGACUAUCACCAUGUGUAUGGAGCUCGAACGCAUACAACGUAGAGCGACCAAAUUCGUACUGUCUUUACCAUUCCAAACGGACAUGCCAUAUAAAACGAGACUCGCUGCGUUGAAUAUGCUACCUCUCUGUUACUGGCACGAAUAUCUUGAUAUCCUGUUCCUCUUCAAAUGCAAAUAUGGCUUGGUUAAAACUGAUAUCCUACCCGAAGAAGUUGACACUCUGACUUCAACCAUAAAUCUACGCUCUUCUAAUAACUCUCUUGUAAAAUAUAACAUUCCUAAAGUAAGAACGCUAUGUCACCAGAACAGUUAUCUUGUACGAGUAUCGCGUGUGUGGAACUGCCUACCAGAUGAGCUACGGAAACCAGAACUAUCAUUGCAGAGCUUUAAAUCACGUGUUAUAAACUAUUACCACUCCGCAACAUUAACCGUGUUUGACCAGGAAAAUCCGCAGACGUGGAAAUCAGUUUGUCUGAAAUGCCAUAAAGCCAGGCAGCUUACUGCAACAAUGAAAUGUUGUUCUUAAUUGAACUAGUUAUUUUGGCAAUUAUUCAAUGUAGUAUACUUCAUUUUAUCCGAUGUAGAGUUGGGUUUUUCGCCAUUUUCGUUUUAUUUAUCGACGGAUACAGAACCUAUAUAUAUUCUCGCAUUUAUUCUGUUUGACAAUUUUGUCAUUUUGUUUUCCCAAAUUUCGAAAUUUUUUACCCUCUCUCUCUACUUCGGAUAAAAAGGACUAUACUAUAUUCUUGUUUGAUAUUUAAAUUAUAAGUUGUGAAGUUUUGUAUAAUGAUGUUUUGUAACAGGUCACUAACGUAAUUGGCUCACGCUGUGUUAGUGUUCCUGAACCGUCUUCCUGUUUGCAUAUGUAUAUUUCUGUUGACGGCUGAAGUUAAUAAAUCUAAAUCUGAAUCUAAAAUCUAAUCGCAUACUCGAACCGACCUGACCACGUAGCUCAGUUGGCAGAGCGUUGGGCUAGUAUUCCAAAUGUCGUAGGUUCGAAUCCCACCGUGGCCAGGCAUAUUUUCAAGCCUGCCCGGUGUGGAUAUACACUCAGAGUAACAUCACACAGCAUCUAAUAUGAAGUUGUGUGUUUUUUCUUCGAUAUGAUACUUUCUUCAUUAAAAUUAUUUUAUCACAUUGUUAUAAAUACAAUAAUUUAAAUAUCGUUUAGAACACCACCAAUGUGCCUAAUGUUCAAUGCGUAACAUGUGGAGUUUCGUUUUCACCAUCAACAAUCAAGUCACAUAGACUUGACUGCCCAUCUAAGGAUUUGAAUGAAAGGUUGGUUGCUGAACAUUAUCUUUUUCCCACAGUGUACACAUUUUACAAUCGAACAUAUGUUUACAAAACUAUAUUUUACAAAUAUUUUUAAGGUAGCUACUAAUGUUACUAUUAUAAUAUAAUUAAUAUAUUUUGGAGAGUGAAAACGUGCCUAAAAUAUAAACCCAAAUUGGGUUUUCAGUUCAUUGAUAAAAAGGUGUAAACACCUAUAUGUCAAGUUACGUUAUUGUUUUCGAUUUAAUUCAAGUUUUGGGGAUACAUUAGAUAUAAGCGCAGCUCUUUUUGAAAAAGGCCAUAUGCCGAUAGGCUCCUAGAAUUAACUCUUUGAAAUUAAAGACUUGCUAGCAUAGACUAUUUCUUGCUUGGGAAAUCAAGGGAAAAGACACCCAAUGCUCUUCAAAGGGGCUUGCAAAAGUUGGGUCCGUGUUUACUCAUUCAAUGUAUAUAAUGUCACAUACGCUACCAAAGGCAAAGUAAAUGGUUUAGCCAACAUAUUAUGCUUGCUAACUACGGACGCAGGCUAGGCACAUAGCUACGGGGGUGCGGUCGUCCCCCACUCCCAAGAAAAUUUCUGAAGUGGUUUCAAAUAUUGUUUAAAUACGCCAAAAACAUAUCAUAAGUUAAUUGAUUAAAAUAGUCAUGAAACAAAAUACAAAAUUAAAUUCAACAAGAAAGAUAUAUUGAAAAAUGAACUUGAGUAUCGAAUUACAUUUUGUGCUAGAGUUAACAUUUUCAGUUUACAUCGACAACUGCCCCUCUAGUAAAUAGUGCUCCCCCCCACCUCCAAUUUUACAUCCUAGCUACGUGCCUGAGGAGGCCAUACUAAAGACAGCAUUAUUUGGACAGCACAAUUGUGCCGAAAAUAAACAUUAACAUCUUUCAUGAGCAAUUUGCCCGGAAUUGAGCCUACACACAAAAGGAAAAAAAAUAAAUAUGUGGGUUUCCUAUUUCUUCUUGUAUAAAAACUUAGGUAGGGUAGGUCGUUUUUUUUUAAAUUUUUCUAACAGCCGGACGCCAUUUUGUUUAGUCAGUGCCUCCACAUCCAAAAAUAAAUUUCCCUAAAGUUGCCUCAAAUUUCCAUUUUCUACAAACAUUUUCCUCUAAGUGGAAACAAUUACAAGCAUUAUCCAAUAAACAAGUUUAGGGUCGUUAUUUCGGCAUCCAAAAGCUAGGUAGGGCGGGAAACCGGAAACCCACAUAUUUUUUUCCCUAAACAAUAUGUAUUCCAUUAACAUUGUGUAAAUCAGUUUCGACGCACAAUGUAAAUAGUUAUAUAUUCAUAUUGUCUAUUUAAGGUGGCUUGGUUGAUUUUAUGAUUGUGUAAUAUCUAUAGUAAGAGAUAAAAGUAUAAUACAGCAGUAUCAUGUUUUCUUAUGCAUAUUUAGUAUACCAGUUAAAAUGGUUGUCAUCGCCGACAGUGAUGAUAAAGAUGUUGAUGUGUCAACUGCCUCGUCACCUUCAACAUCUGUGGUAAAGAACCCAUUUGUGUUUACUCCAUCAAAAGAAACAACAGAAUCUUUGCGUGCUGUUUUCCCUCAUGUGGAUGGCGAUGAAGUGAUCGAUCUCUGCUUUAACAGCAUGUUAUGGUGACGAGAAAGCUGCCGCUUCACUGUUACUUGACAAACAAUCGGACUCACAUUCAACAUUGCCAGGUCAAACAGAUUCUCUUUGCAUUUAUUACAAUUAAAACUCUUUUGACCCAUUAACUGGCAGUACUCGUUCUUUGACAAGUAAAAUCAUCUGACUAACCAGGCAAAUGAGUUACUGAACUGUAAGUUGAUCAUCGGAGGUCAGAUAUGGAACAAAUAUAAGUUACAAUACUGUAGAUAGUAGAUCGGUAGCGGUGGGGUUUAUACCUUGAUUGCAUAUGCAGUGAUUAUUAAUUAAACUUUUUUUUCAGAUUCGCCUAUCGCGUGUGGUACAGUUAGAGAAUCCUUGGCUAAAUUCCGUCAACAGAACAGGGAAUCAGGGCCACCGCUUAGAAUUCAUCUUGACAGAAUGGAAGGAGAGUUGGAUAGUGAUAUCCUUGCCUUAUACAAAAGCAAGGACAUAUCUCUGAGAAGAACACCAAGAGUCAGAUUUGAGGGGGAACCAGCUGUUGGGUCAGGGCCUGUGUCAGAAUUUUUUACACUCUAUGAAACUACUAGAGGAAGGUUUCUCACUCAAUGAAAAGAUUACAGUACUUGAAGGAGAAGAUGAUCACAAGGUGCCAAUUGCAAACACCAUGUUAAGAAAGGCUGCCAUCUAUGAAACAUUUGGAAAAAUGAUAGGACAUUCAAUUCUACAUGGUGGUCCUGGCAUAUAUGGUCUUUCUGCAGCAGUGAUUCAUUACUGGACAGUUGAUAAUACGAAAGAGAAUCCCCCAACUUAUUCUUUAAAGGAUGUUGCAGAUAUUGAACUUAGAGGAAUCAUAACACAG